AUGAGCCGAAUACAACAAGCCACUGAAGUGAAAACUCCAGUUGCAACACGCUUGGCAACCGGAGAGCUUGUCCCUGAUAAUACCGGGGUAGAAGAAGCUCGGCUCUUCGAGGUUGUAGGUCUUGAGAGAUCUUCUUAUCAUCAUAUGCCCAGUGUCAAGGUUCGUCAAGAAAGCAACGGACUCGAACAGAUUUUGAUGAUGGUGCAUUCGGAUCGUGUAUGUGAUGAACUUGUGCUAGUUAUGGAUCAUAUCUAUGAAGAAUGUGCAAGGAUUCUCUUGCCAAGCGAUGCGAAAUGGCUACAAGACCAACACUAUCUGAAACUAAGCAAGUCGCGAGGCUUACCGGUAGACCAGAAGAAGAGAGUCAAAAUCUUGGAGGGAUUUGCGAAAGGGCUUUUUGUUCUUGUCAAGAAGAUGCCGCGGCAUACCAUGGCCCAUCAGAUUGCGAGAGCAAUCAUUGUAGACAACGCAACUGAUGCUGAGCUUGCCAACAUUUUUAGUCACCUAUCUCCUCCAACGUUCUGCAAGAUUGCUCGAAAGCGGGGACAUGAAGACAUGACUGGAGCCAUCGAAAGCGGCAAAGAACCCGAAAAGAAACGUCGUUCCGUUGCGCGCAUCGACACGGAGACUCUCACACGGAUGGUAAAGCACAUCCUUUCAUUUUCUCAAGCCCUUUCUUGGGGUACCAAGGAACUAAGACAAAAGGGAAAGACUGCAACGAUCACGUUCCCAAGACUUACCAGAACACACCCCGUCAAAGGGAUGUUUAUGGAUUACGCGAGAAAGGAGGCAGAGCUUCAAGGAAUUGAGCUGGACAAGAAUCAGCAGUCACCUCAACGCACUACCUAUUACCUUCUCGUCAAGCAUUUGACGUCAAAGGCUGAGAAAAGCAUCACUUGCAUUGACUAUGUUCAGGAUAUCUUGGUGAAUGUUCGAGUGACUGGGCUUGUUGUGAUCAUUGAGCAAGUCAUCGCCCCAACGCAGCAUAAGACGAUGAAGCGAUAUGUUCUCAUCCUUCAAAACUUUCUGAAGUACCAAUAUGAUGGGCACCUUCAGAAAGGGUCAGCAAUUUGUUCCCACAGCAUCCACUAUGGCCUAGGACUGGAACCACAAAGCAAUACAGGCAAUACUGAAUCAACCUCUGUUCAAAUCCAAGGCGUCGAGCAUUGUCCCGCGUGCAAGUUUGUUGAGUACUUCAUGCGUAUUGUACUUCCAGAUGCAGUGAAGGCAAAUCGAAGCUCAGCAAAUAGUAGAAGCAUUGACGAUGCAUUGGACUACAUUGAAGACUCACUGGAUUGCUUCCAUCGCUAUCAAGCGCAUCAUGUACGAGUUGUAAAUCAACAGAAAGCAAUCCAGGAAGUAGAUCUUAAACUCAAGGAUGAGGUGUUGAGAAGCAAACAACGUGGCACAACAGCAAAAAUUACGAUGGACUUCAAGCAAAAAUUCGUGGAAAAAAGAUUGCGUUCUAGCCAAAUGAAUGACUUUGGACAGCGAGGCAACAGUUGGCACAUCGGCGUUAUAGAGUAUUAUGACUAUGAAGCGCCGUGUCAAGCCAAUAGCAGCAAAGCCCGAGCAGUUCCCAUGAUGUUCCCAAUUGAUCAAAUCCUCGACACUGGGAAUAAACAAGAUGGACCCUGUGUCUUAUCGAUGCUAGAAGCGAUGAUGAAGAUGGUCAACGUGCAGUUCGGCUUUGUCAAGAGAAUUGUACUGGCUAGCGACAAUGCCAAUUGCUAUCACAGUAAGGAUCUGAUUUUCCCCAUCUGCUUUAUCAACCAGCUAUCAAGCAGCCCAAGGAUUGUCAAGUAUAUUCACCCGGAGACCCAGGAUGGGAAGGGUUCGUGCGAUUCCCAUGCAGCCGUUGCUGGGACUCAUGUGGAUCGGCAUUAUAUUUGCACCCGAAAGGAUGAUACACUCACGAAGAACGAAGCUUGUACCCCCACAGAACUCGCCAACGCAUUAUGUACCAAUGGUGGGAUCAAAAACUCCUCGGUUCAGCUGAUCGCACUCGACUUCCCCCGGCUCGACAAGAUUUCACAGCUAUGCUCUGGCGCAGGUGAAGCAGCAAAAGAAUACUUUGCCAGAGCAAAUGAAAUACGUUUCUUUCCGGAGCUUGACGAGCUUGCCGAUUGGUCGAGGCUCGAUUUGAAGAAUGAAUCCACCUGGAGCGCAGCGCAACCCUUGAUACAAGUCAUCAAUUACUCCGGCAUAUCCGAUGGCAUGGUUUUUAGAGCUGGCUUCUCAGGCUGGCAGAACGGCAAAGGCACCUUCACCCCUGUUGUUGCUCCUUCCGAUGAUCCUGAAUGGCAUGUUAGAAUGGAGGCUUCCAUUAUGGGCUUGAAUGCAAUUCAGAGAGCCAAGGAAUAUAUUGAUAUUUCUGAAGUCGGGCAAUCGGUUAUUGCUCGAUUGAAUGCUCAUGUUCAGGCUGCGAAAGUUGGAAAAGCAGUCAUCAUGAGCCAAGUCGUGUCGGAAAUUAUAACAGGCAAGAACAAGACCAACAACAACGAGGAUGUGCAACAUGGUGCCGGACUGUUGGAGAAUCUGAUGGAUGAUGAUGAUGAUGACGUGAGCGAGUCGGACUGCUUCGAAUCAUUUUAUGGUGAGAUAGAGCACACUACGGCAUACGUCGACGAAUGCCAACAAGAUGAUACAGCUUUUUUUAGUGACGUUGAGGAUGGCGACAUUGGCUGUUCGGCCGGCGUGGAUGAAGAAGCAGCUAAUUCCAAGGCCAUGGCAGGUGAUGCAAACGGCACUAUUACUGCAACCAGCCAACUUCUCGAUAAAGCACCAAGGGAACACUACGAAAAGACAACAUUCUUCACUCGGGUAGAAGUUAUAAGGUACAAGCCAUUUCGAACUUUUCAACCCACCAAGCAAAGAGCGACGAAAGAUCAGAAAACAAAGAAAUCCGUUGAAGAGGACGAAGAGGCGGGCAAGGGGCACGAGAGCAGAAGGGUGGAAGACCGAGCCAUCGGACUGGCAUUACACUACAUUAACUCGCCCGAAUGCUCCAUCACACCGGCACUUAAUGACAACAUGAAAGAGUACAAAGUUGCUAAUCAUUGGCGUCCAAGAGAGACUUUGAUGCGAGAUCAAGGUUGGGCAAGACGACCCCUAAGCGGAGGACUGUACGGAAGGAACUACAUGAAUGAUGAGUUCAAAAAAAUAGGUAUUGCUCAAUUCAACCGUGGUCUUGUCAAUAAAGGGGACAAACAGAGCCCAACCCAGACUCUCGCACUGAUGAAGGAAGAGCAUCAGGGCUUUUACUGUUAUCCUGGCCUUCAUGAAAUUGUUCGGAUGUUUUCCGGUUUGGUGCAGCAAUCCAAGCAAAACGGCAACAAGAUAAUCUCAUUUCAGAAGAAGUCUGGACCAUUGGUGUCACCAGAAAUCAAAGCGGAGUUGCAAUCUAUACUUGAUAAAAAGCCUGACUACACCCCUGCGCCAUUGGUAGAUGCAUGGAAAAAGGCCUUUGCAGCCAACAGAGAGUAUGACGAAGAGAAGGUGAGAAAACAGGCCACACGCCUGCGAGCAAAGCUGAUGAUUGAUAUGAAAAAGCGACUCAAGAGAAGCAUGGCUGGAUAG